AUGUUGAAAAUAAUCAAGAAAUGCACAAUCUCUCAAACUUCUAUUCCGACAAAAUGGCCCAUAAUAUAUAGUAAUAGCAGAAAUAUUGUUUUGGAUACAGCUCUAAGUGCUACUUUAGACAACUUACCAAAUUCUGGUGUUGUAGUAAUUGGGGGUGGUCAUGCAGGAUGUGAAGCAGCUACAGGAGCUGCCAGAAGCGGUAUUAAUACUGUAUUAGUGACGCCAGACCUUGAAAAGAUUGGAACAUGCUCUUGUAACCCGUCAAUGGGUGGUGUAGGAAAAGGUACAUUGCUGAGAGAAGUAGAUGCUUUAGACGGUAUGGCUGCGAAAGUAACUGAUCUUGCGGGUAUUCAGUUCAAAAUGUUAAAUAGAAGUAAGGGUGCUGCGGUGUGGGGUCCCAGAGCUCAGAUUGACCGUAAACUUUAUUUAAGGGAAAUGCAGAAUGCCCUAAAAGACUACCCUAAUUUGGAAUUAUUUAGAGGAUCUGUCAAGGAUCUGAUACUACAAUCAAACGAAUCUAGUGAUACACCUUUUUCAAUUGUGGGUGUUAUACUUGAAGGAGAUCAUAUUAUUAAAGCUGAUGCAGUUGUAUUAUCGACCGGGACCUUUUUAGGUGGAGAAAUUCAUAUUGGGACUAAACGUUUCCCAGCAGGUAGAAUUAAUGAGUCCCCAACAUAUGGUAUUUCCAAGACAUUGGAUAAGUUAGGCUUCAGAUUAGGUAGAUUAAAAACAGGUACACCUGCAAGGCUUGAUGGUAAAACUAUAGAUUUUUCUAGCUUAGAGAAACAAUACGGUGACUCGCCUCCGAUUCCUAUGUCUCUUAUUAAUGAAUCUGUAGCAAUUAAAGAGCAAGUGCUAUGCUAUGGGACAAAGACUACUCCUCAUCUUCAUGAAUACCUGCGAAAGAAUUUACAUAAAUCAAUUCAUAUCAAAGAAACCAUCAAAGGACCGCGGUAUUGCCCUUCAGUUGAAGCUAAGAUUCUACGAUUUCCUGACAAAACGGGCCAUAGGAUUUGGCUAGAACCAGAAGGAUUGGAUACAGACACAAUAUAUCCAAACGGUAUAUCAAAUUCAAUGCCAGAAGAUGUUCAGAUUGAAAUGCUAAGAAUGGUUCCAGGCUUAGAAGAUGUAAAUAUGACACAACCUGCUUAUGGGGUAGAAUACGACUAUGUAGAUCCUAGACAACUAAAAACAACUUUAGAAACCAAGUUCGUUAAUGGACUAUACUUUGCAGGGCAAAUAAAUGGUACUACUGGAUAUGAAGAAGCAUGUGCCCAAGGAUGUGUUGCUGGGUUAAAUGCUGGGUUAAAGAUAUUAAAGCGACCACCUUUAGAUAUUCAACGCUCAAAUUCAUAUGUUGGUGUCCUUAUUGAUGAUUUAAUAACAAAAGGUAUAGAAGAACCCUAUAGAAUGUUUACCUCAAGAUCAGAGUUUAGAAUAAGUGUUAGAGCGGAUAAUGCAGAUUUUAGACUAACAGAAAUGGCAUUUAAUCUUGGCGUGAUUGGGCCAGGAAGAUGGAAUAAAUAUAACAAUAUCAAAAGCAUGUACACCGAAAUUUAUGACAAAUUACAGCUCUUUAAAGAUAGUGGACGAAAUUGGAGAAAUAGACUAGCGAAAAAUAUUGGAGAUACCUCUAUGCCAUUAUCAGCUUGGGAUAUGUUUUCAUAUAAUGAUGUCAACCUCCAAACUAUUAUUGAUGCUACACCAGAGCUAAAUUUGAAUAUUAACGAUAUUUCAGAUAGCAUUCGUAUGAAAAUCGAAGUUCAAGGGAAAUAUUCACGGUAUAUGGACAAACAAAAUAAAUAUAUUAAAGCAUUCCAAGUCGAUGAAAAUAUGAUUUUACCAAUUAACUUAGACUACAAUGCAAUCCAAUCGUUAUCUUCUGAGUGUAAAAUUAUCUUAAAUAGGGUCAGACCAGAAACAAUUGGUCAAGCUAGACGUCUACAAGGAAUUACACCGGUUGCUAUUUUUGAACUAUAUAGACUGGCUAUGAACCAUAAUAAACCGUUGAAGUCUGUUAAUCAAUAUUCAAGUAAAGCUAUGUAA